AUGCAUUGUAGGCAGAGCUCGUCAUUCUGAUCUCGACUCCGAAGACGUAUCACGAUGAUGUCGGCAAUCACUCUCUGCCUGUGUCUGUGCCUCGCCUCUACGGCAUUGGCUGUACCUGAGCCGAUGCCAAACAGGUUCUCCAACGAGGAACUUCAGCGUUACUUUAGUGUGGACAGCCAUGAGAAAGCACCCGAAUACGAGAUUGUUUACCCAGAAUACAUCAUCGCUGAGAGCAAGCGCAGUGUUGGCCGCAGCGCCAUUGCGUCAUCGUACCUCGAUAUUCAUGUCGACGCAUUCGGUGAGUCCAUUCACAUGGAACUCGAUCACGAUGACAGCAACUUCAAACCUGGGCUCGAGGCUGAGUAUGUAACUGAUGAGGGUGUCAUCAAGGUGCCUGUCCGUACUGACUGCAUUUACACCGGUAAAGUCGCUGGGGAACCUAACUCGAUGGCAUCUGUCACCACAUGUGCAGGUUUGAUGGCAGUGAUGAAUCAUGCCUCUGGACCUACAUACAUUGAGCCGUUGGAUGAUGAGCAUGCCUUCAAGAGAGAUAUCGGGCGUGGUCUUCCCCAUGUUGCCUACAAGAACAGGCCCGAUAACGGUGCCUCUUGCCCUGUCACAGUUGAUUCGGAGUACGUGCUUCAAAAAGAAGAUGAAAUUAAUGAAAACAAAGAGCAAGACUUCAACCCAGAAGCCACCAAGUAUCUUGAACUUGCCUUCAUCGGUGACGAGGUGUUGUACGACCUACGCGGAGGCAACACGCACAAUUGCCUGACAACACUGUUCAAUGCGGUGAAGAAUGUCAUGCAACUAAGCUCAUUGGUUGGAUCCAGCCUGGUCCCUCAACUGAAUACCUUGAAAAUCUUCACAUCAACUCAGACCGGAGUCGGCACAUGCCAGGACGCUAGUCAAUCUAUUGUCAAGGUGAAAAAUUGGCAUAGCUCUAACAGAGGAGACUGGGACAAUGCUGCCAUCUUGACUGGAUGGGAAAUGAAUUCAGGCAGUACCCUUGGCAUUGCGUAUGUUGGCAGUUGUAGAAGCGCAUAUGCCGUGGGGGUGUCAACUUUCCGUAAUCUGGAUACUACCAACGUGGUCGCCCAUGAGAUCGGACACAACUUGAAUAUGCAACACGACAGCACUGGUAAUAGCUGCGGUUCCAGUGGUUACGUAAUGGCCGCCUACGUCAACGAUCACCGGGCUGAUCCUAAUUGGUCCACUUGCAGUAGGAGUUACUACAACAGCCGUGUUGCGAGUGUCAGCUGCUACAACGACGCCUAGAUUUCGAAAUGGGACUCGAAACGCCUUUCAGCUACAUCAGUCGACUUGGUAACCAGGAAUUGGUAACCAUGGGUUACCUAACCUGUGGAGGCAACUUGUAGGUCAUUGUUUAAGUUUUGAAUUUGUUCUACCCUUUAUGCAUAUUGAUUGAAUGGGCAAUAACUGUAUAUUUGUACAUAACUUUUGUUGGUUUUUUUUUCAAACUUGGUGAGGGAAAUUAAAAUAAUGAGCAGAACA